AGUGCGCUUUUCUUGUCGGUCGGUCGGUCGGUUAUGUGCUCGCUUUGCUGAACUGCAUUUAAGUCCUUUGCGUGUAAAAGUGCUGCUGGUAGGAUGAUGCUACGGUGCUCCGGAUUACCGUUUCUACCCGGUAACACGUUCCAGGAUAUUGGUCGCUCCAAGUUCCACAAAUCGCACCACUUCGACCAGCGCAACCAGGUGUGCAUUCUCGCCGAUGCCAAGCGGCCGGGGAUCGGUGGCACACCGCUGCUUGCAACGGACAGUCCCGAAUACACGCUACCAUCGCUCUAUCCGCCCAAGUACGGUCCGUCCCGGCCGGGAUGGUUGGAGUACGAUCGGCAGGUGCUGUGUUUCUACGGUUACUUUCAGGAAACGCUUGGCAACGUGGAUCGCAUCCCGUACCAGGUCCGGAAGGUGCGCAUACUCUACUACCUCGAGGACGACACGAUGCAGGUAAGCGAACCGCGUACGCUCAACUCGGGCAUACCGCAAGGUUGCCUGGUAACGCGUCAGCGCAUUCCAAGGCCUCCGCCGUACGAUACUGAGUUUACGUCGCUGCUGGACCUGAACAUUAACCACACGGUCCAACUGUUCGAUCGGGUCUACACCAUUACCGGGUGUGAUGAUUUUACGCGCCGUUUUCUUAACCGACUCGGUGUCGCUGUACCGGGCGCGGUCGAGCAACCGAACGAUCCUGCUACGGACCUUCGCCGGCAGCAAGAUUCCGCCAAGAUGGCCCGACGGCCGGCGUACAAAAUUGAUACGUUGGGCAAAUUUCUCCAGUACGACCGGAAGGUGCUCCGGUUCAAGGGUGUGUGGGACGAUCGGGGCAGCGUGUUCGGGGACGUGCAUGAGCUCGACGUGCUGUACCAUCUCAGCGACGAUACGUUCGAGAUCAAGGAGAAGCUACCGGUCAACUCGGGUCGCGAUUCGAACGGCAUGUUCCUGCGCCGUGGCCGUUUGCCGAAAACGUUCGACCAUCUACCGACGAUGGGUGAAAGUACGCCCGUGAUGGUGCUGAAUGUGGUUGGCGGCGGUCUGAAAGGUGGCCGGUAUCUCACCGAUUGUGUCGGGAUUGGCAAAUCGGACGGGAACUACUAUCGGGACGCGGAUUUGCGCAUAGGGGCGAGAAUCAACGUGUACGGUCGCAUGGUACUGCUGACCGGGUGCGAUCGGUUCACCGAGGGUUACUACCGGGAAAUGUACGGCGUGGAAGAUUUCACCCCACUGUACGGUUACAGUGCACCGCGGGAACAGUUUGUGCAGGGUCGCCGCCCAGACCGCGAACUGCCACCGUUCAACGGGUGGGGCACACACGAAGAUUCCGAGGGUAACUGUUUGACGCUCGAACCGAAACCGCCCAAAAUAAACUUCCGCAAUUUCGUGGUGUACGAUCGGUGCAGUUUGCGGUUCGGCGCCCGGAUGAUAUCGCACGUGCGGGAAAACAAUGAUCGGUUCUUCGUGAUCAGCUACCACCUCAGCGACGAUACGAUCUCGGUGUACGAGAUUCCGAUCCGCAACUCGGGCUUCCUGGGCGGGGAGUUUAUCAAGCGGCGCAAACUGUUCCUUCCCCGGCAGGAUCCGUACUCGGCCGAGCGGCCCGCCUGCUACGGUCCGCAGCACUUCUAUCUCGGUGCCACCGUGCGCCUGCAGGACCAUCAGUUUCACAUUACGAAUGCGGACAUCUAUGCGCUGCGCUUCAUGGAGCAGCACUGCGAAGAGUUCCCGCUCUCGAACCUGGGCAAGAUUGUGCGCAAGCUGCGGGACGCGAUGCAACCCCAGUACAAGCAGUACGUGGCCAAGCAUAUGGCAAAGGUGACGCAGAGCAAGAUCGAUGGCCGUGCGGUCAGUACGAUCCCGUACGAGGGGCUGCGCGAGAUACUGCUCGAGCUGCUGGGCGAUCGUAUCGUCGAUCAGGAGAUUGUGACGCUGUGCCGACUGUUUUCGGCCGAAUCGGAGCAACCCGAUCGGUGCGAUCGGGAGCUGGUCCGGUCCGCGGUACAUGCCGAGCUGAACCGUGCCCUGUGGAGCGAUCUGGACCGUACGAAGGAGCACAUCUACCAUCUGGAACCGACCAACGCGCAGUGGCUGCCGCCGCAGCGUGUCCGUACGAUCGUGAAGGCUUGCAAGAUACCGCUGGACAGUGCGUUGCUCGAUAAGAUGCUGCAAAUAUUAAAUACAAAUGACCAGGGCCACAUUUCAACGACCGACUUCCUCACGAUGCUAGAUCCGUCCGCCGUCCCUAGCAAACCGAUACAGCCGCUUAACAUCAAGCACGACGUGUGCCACUUCACGCCCUAUCGCGUAACGGGCAAGCUGGUCAACUGGGACGAACUGCUGGCGCAUAUCGACCUCGAACGGACGCUAACGAAUCAAACGUCCUGAAAAAAGAGCUCCUCAACAGCUCCAUUUCUAAAUUAAACCGUGUGGGAGUGCUUGCGUGUGUGUGUUUUUAUACUCAAAUAUAGUCCUAAAUGAAACAUGUGCCGAAAAUUUGUCCUAACUUCUUUAUAUUGGCUGUCGGAGGAUCAACAGAUGACCUCACGACCGUCGUCCUGAUGACAGAUGACACCCACGGUCGUCAAUGUGGUCCUGUUUGCCGGGCUCCACUGCCGUUGGUUGAUGAAGAUACCCACCAUCCUGCCAUCGAGAUAUCUAUCCCGAUCGCUCCCCUGCUCCUGUUGGACCGCAGGAAAUUUGACCAUCACAUCAACACCCAUGACUGGAGCUUCCUGGAGUCCAGUCCCACGAUCGACGAGGCUGUUGCAAGCUUUACGUUUGCAGUUUCGUCUUUCCUCUCCACAUGUUGUCCUCUUCGCACCCCACCUCCCAAACCAUUGCGGUCUGACUCUCACCUUCGUGGCCUUAAGGCGGAUUUAAAACGAGCGCUUCGUGCCUAUUGUUUGCAUCGCUCCCAUUACCAUUUGCGCGGAUCCGUAGGUACAACAGGAUCCGUCUUCGCACUCAUAUUGCGCGCAUCCAAUCUCAGCUCCAUUCCAAUCCUAAAUCCUUUUGGCGCUAUGUCAAUAGUCGUCGGGGUAGCUCUGCUAUUCCAUCUACGAUGACUAUGGGCGACCGCUCUAUAUCCUCUCUCCAGGCUCUUGAGGGUCUUUCUGUAGACCCAGCGGACUCUUCUUCGCACUCGACGGGACUCACGAGCCUGAAGCACAUUCUCAACGAGGAACCCGUGGUACUCUCCACACUCGCUCAGCUGAAGCGUUCCUUCUCUCCCGGUCCCGACGGCAUUCCCUCUUCAGUGCUGAUUGACUCUAGAGAGGUGUUGGGUCCCAUAUUCCGAUCUUCAAGAAAGGAUUGUCGCACUAUCCCAUCCAAUUACCGAGGCAUCUCUAUCCUAUGUGCUGCGCCUCUAAGUCCUCGAGUCUGUUAUCCACUCUUUAAUCCUUCCUAUUGUCCACCCCCUUAUUAGACGCUCCCACCCUGUCGAAUGUUAUGUCUUUGAUGCUUGACCUGUUUCCGCACUUAAAUGCUGGUAGACAGGUUGACGUCAUUUACACGGACUUCAAAGCUGCAUUCGAUUGCUUGCCUCAUAGGCUGCUUUUAGAUAAGCUGGAACGCUUAGGGUUCGGUGGUUCACUUCUUCUCUGGCUCUGUUCCUUUCUCAAGAACCGCCCUCCGAUCCUGCCCUCCGACGGUGUGCCCUCCGAUCCUGCCCUCCGACGGUGUGCCCUCCGAUCCUUUCGUAGGCAAGUCAGGGGUUCCUCAGGGCAGCGUCUUAAGUCCUUUACUGUUUUCGCUUUUCAUCUCUGACUGCAUCAAGUCGCUCCCUCCCAAAGGAUGUCUGCUGUAUGCUGACGAUGUUAAGUUCUAUCUUCCUGUGUCCUCGUCUCAAGGCUUCCUUUGCCUUCAAAACGACGCCGAUGCAUUUGCGGAUUGGUGUUUCUUUAACGGGCUCAUCCUUUGUGUAGAAUCUCGUUCGCUAUAUGGCUACCAGCUCGGUGGCUCACCGUGCUCCUACGAGUCACUCUGGUAAAGGACCUUGGAGUGUGGCUCGAUGACAAACUGUCUUUUGAGCCACAUAUCAACUCAGUCCUCGAGCGAGCCACCAAAUUAUUGGGCCUCAUCACCCGAAUGGCGUCUGAGGUCCGUGAUCCAUUGUGCUUGACGGCGUUGUAUUGCUGCUUGGUCUGUCCUAUCUUGGACUACGCCAGCGUCGUUUAGUCCCCAGCAGGCGUCACCUCUAUGGAUAGUGUCAGUCGCUGGGAUUGGUUGGCUUAAAAGACCGCACCUGUCCCGUUUCAAAAAUCAAAAAAUGCCUGAAUGCAACA